UGUCCAACAUGGCUGAGCUGCCGCCGCCGCCGCCGCCGCUGCCUCUUUUUGCAGGACAGGAGGAGUUGAAGGGAGGAUGCUGAGCUACUCCGGAGCAGCAGCAGCGGGAGUGGUAGCUGGGGCGAGGCUAGCGGGAACCGAGCCGGACUCUCCUCGGCUAUGGCCCGCCUGGCAGAUUAUUUCAUUGUGGUGGGCUACGACCAUGAGAAGACAGGCUCAGCAGACGGUUUGGGGAAAAUAAUACAGAGAUUUCCCUUAAAGGAUUUGGAUGAUACUCCUUUCCCACAGGGAAUAGAGUUGUUUUGUCAACCCGGAGGAUGGCAUUUAUCCAGAGAAAGGAAGCAACCUACAUUUUUUGUGGUGGUUUUGACAGAUAUAAACUCUGAACGGCACUAUUGUUCUUGCCUAACAUUCUAUGAAGCAGAGAUCGACUUGCAGGGAUCAAAAGUAACUGAAGGUGAGCAGGAAUCUGGUUUGAUUCAGCCUGCAGAAGUAUUUGCUCCCAAAAGCCUAGUAUUGGUGUCCAGGUUGGAUUAUCCAGAAAUAUUCAGGGCUUGCCUUGGCUUAGUGUACACUGUGUAUGUGGACAACCUGAAUGUCUCAUUGGAAAGUCUCAUUGCAAAUCUCUGUUCAUGCUUUGUUCCUGCUGCUGGAGGGUCACAGAAACUGUUUUCCCUAGGAGCAGGAGACAGGCAACUGAUACAAACUCCUUUACAUGAUAGCCUUCCAGUUACAGGAACUAGUGUGGCUCUUUUGUUUCAACAAUUAGGAAUUCAAAAUGUGCUGAAUCUAUUCUGUGCAGUCCUUACAGAAAACAAAGUCCUCUUUCAUUCUGCUAGUUUCCAAAGACUGAGUGAUGCCUGUAGAGCAUUAGAAUCCUUAAUGUUUCCUCUCAAAUAUAGUUACCCGUACAUUCCAAUUUUACCUGCACAACUCCUGGAAGUUCUAAGUUCACCAACACCUUUUAUUAUUGGCGUGCAUUCUAUCUUCCGUAACGACGUUCAUGAACUUUUAGAUGUAAUCAUAGCAGACCUAGAUGGUGGUACAAUUAAAAUUCCUGAAUGUAUUCAUCUCUCCCAGCUCCCAGAACCACUGCUCCAGCAGACUCAAACUUCUCUAUCUUUAGUUUUAUAUCCAGAUUUGGCAACAGCAGAUUAUGCAUUUCCUCCUCCUCGAACCGCUCUGUCACAUUCCAAAAUGUUGGAUAAAGAGGUGCGAGGAGUCUUUCUUAGAUUAUUUGCACAGCUUUUCCAAGGAUAUAGAUCUUGUCUUCAGCUAAUCAGGAUUCAUUCAGAACCUGUGAUAAACUUUCAUAAGGCAGCUUUCUUAAGCCAACGAGGCUUAAUUGAGAAUGAUUUCCUUACCAAAAUUCUGAAUGGAAUGGCAUUUGCAGGUUUUGUGUCAGAAAGAGGUCCUCCAUACAGAUCCUGUGAUCUCUUUGAUGAGCUGGUAGCAUUUGAAGUGGAGAGAAUUAAAUCUGACGAAAGCAAUUCAUCAAAAGUGUUAAAACAUAUCCGAGAACUUGCAGAGCAGCUUGUGAAAAAUGAGAACCCAAAUCCUCAUAUGACAUUCCAAAAAGUUCCACGACCUACAGAAGGAUCUCAUCUACGAGUUCAUGUACUUCCUUUUCCCAGGAUUAAUGAAAAUAAGGUUCAGGAUCUAAUUCAGGAAAAUUUGAUUAAAAACCAAAGUGCACCAUCUGCUUCUCGCAUUGAAAGGAAAUGUGUUGUUCCUGCUGGCCCACCUGUUGUUUCCAUAGUAGAAAAGUCAAGCACAGUUUUCAACAGUGCACAAAGGCUGGAAGUUGUUAGAAACUGCAUCUCUUUUAUAUUUGAAAAUAAAAUUCUGGAGACUGAAAAGACCCUGCCUGCUGCACUGAGGGCCCUCAAAGGAAAAGCAGCUCGCCAAUGUUUGACACAGGAACUAAGCCUCCACGUUCAGCAAAAUCGUGCCAUCCUGGAUCAUCAGCAGUUUGAUUACAUAAUACGAAUGAUGAACUGUACUUUGCAGGAUUGUUCAUCUUCAGAAGAAUACAACAUUGCUGCAGCAUUACUGCCAUUAAUGACUGCUUUUUAUAGGAAAUUAGCUCCUGGAGUCAAUCAGUUUGCCUAUACCUGUGUCCAAGACCACCCAAUAUGGGCUAACCAGCAGUUCUGGGAAACAACCUUUUAUAGUGAUGUGGAGAAUCAAAUUCGCUCUCUGUAUCUCUCAACUAAGGAAGACAAUCAUCCACAAUACUUAAAGCAAAAGGAGAAGAUUUCUGAAGACCAAGGGCAAGAAAAAACUGCCAUGGACUUGGCAGCUGAGCAAUUACGUCUGUGGCCAACACUUAGUAAAGAGACUCAACAACAGCUGGUACAAAGUGAAGAAAGCAUGGUCUUCAGCCAAGCAAUUCACUUUGCCAACCUCAUGGUAUAUCUGUUAGUGCCACUGGACACCAGUAAAAACAAACUGUUAAGAAUGUCAGCUACAGGAGACUGGGAGAGUGGAAGCAAUAGCAUUGUCACAAAUAGCAUUGCAGGCAGUGUUGCAGAGAGCUAUGAUACUGAAAGUGGUUUUGAGGAUUCUGAGAAUAAUGAUGUUGCCAAUGCUGUGGUGCGCUUCAUUACCAGAUUCAUAGACAAGGUUUGUACUGAAAGUGGAGUUACGCAGGAUCACAUCCGAAGUCUUCAUUGUAUGAUACCAGGAAUUGUAGCAAUGCACAUUGAGACUCUGGAGGCUGUCCAUCGAGAAAGUAGAAGGUUGCCACCAAUACAGAAGCCCAAGAUUCUACGACCAGAUUUGCUGCCAGGGGAAGAGUUUGUGUGUGAAGGUCUCCGUGUGCUCCUGGAUCCUGAUGGCAGAGAGGAGGCAACUGGGGGAUUACUUGGAGGCCCUCACAUUCUUCCUGCGGAAGGAGCUUUGUUCCUUACUACAUACAGAGUUAUAUUUAAAGGCACACCUCAUGAUCAACUAGUUGGAGAACAAACAGUUAUUCGCAGCUUCCCCAUUGCUUCAGUAACAAAGGAGAAGAAAAUUACCAUCCAGAACCAACUUCAACAGAGCAUGCAGGAAGGGCUGCAGAUCACCUCAGCUACCUUUCAGCUGAUUAAGGUAGCUUUUGAUGAAGAAGUAAGCCCUGAAGUGGUAGAGAUAUUUAAGAAGCAACUGAUGAAGUUUCGCUACCCUCAGUCCAUCUUCAGCACUUUUGCUUUUGCGGCUGGCCAAACAGCACCUCAGAUAAUCUUGCCAAAGCAAAAGGAGAAAAACACUUCCUUUCGCACUCUUUCAAAAACAAUUGUAAAAGGAGCUAAACGUGCAGGGAAAAUGACAAUUGGCCGGCAGCACUUACUAAAAAAAAAGACAGGAACAAUCAUGGAGGAAAGGGCAAAUCGUCCUGGAUGGAAUGAAGAAGAUGAUAUCUCAGUUUCAGAUGACAGUGAAAUGCACACAAGUGGUACUUUGAAAGCGUCAGAAAAAUCAACAAUGGAGCAGCUAGUGGAAAGAGCCUGUUUUAGAGACUAUCAGCGUUUGGGGUUAGGAACCAUCAGUAAUAGUUCUUCACGCUCAAAAACAGAGUACUUCCGAAUAACAGCUUUAAACAGGAUGUAUUCCCUUUGCAGAAGUUACCCAGGGCUGCUAGUGGUACCUCAGUGCGUGCAGGACAGCAGCCUGCAGAGAGUAGCUCGCUGCUAUCGACACAAUCGCUUGCCGGUGGUGUGUUGGAAAAACUCAAAAACAAGUACAUUCCUGCUUCGAGCUGGUGGUUUCCAUGGUAAAGGAGUUGUUGGCCUUUUCAAAACACAAAAUACACAAACAUCAGCUCCUACGUCACUUGAAUCAUCAAGCAGCAUAGAACAAGAAAAAUACCUUCAAGCCUUACUGAAUGUGAUUUCUGUCCAUUGCAAAUUGAAUGGCAAUAAUACUCUCACCAUGAGACCAACAAUUGCUUUAUCUCCAGGCACUGAAAGGAGGGCUUCAAGAAUGUCUACUGUAUUUAAGCAGGUAGUGCCAGGACAUUUGGAUGUAAAUCUAUCCAAUAGCUUUGCUCGAGGAGGUGUGUGGGCAAGUCUUCGUUCUAGUGGUCGAUUUAUCAGCACUCAAAUGCCAUUCCUUGAUGUGGGUGCAAGAUUAGCAGGAAAAGAUGGUUCACCUUCAUAUACCAGCAGCAGUGCCUACUUUCAGAACCGACUCCUCAAGCGACAAGCUGCUCUUUACAUAUUUGGAGAAAAAUCUCAACUCAGAGGCUUCAAACUUGAUUUUGCUUUAAAUUGUGAAUUUGUUCCAGUUGAAUUCAGUGACAUCCGGCAAGUGAAGACUAGUUUUAAAAGACUCAUGAGUGCUUGUGUUCCUAGCAAUAUUCCAGCAGAUUCUGAAAUAACAUUCCUUAAAGCGCUUGGAGAGUCUGAAUGGUUCCCACAGCUUCACAGAAUAAUGCAGUUGGGUGUUGUCAUAUCAGAGCUACUUGAGAAUGGUUCUUCAGUUUUAGUUUGUCUCGAAGAUGGCUGGGACAUCACAGCUCAGGUGGUGUCUCUUGUGCAAUUACUCAGUGAUCCAUUCUAUCGAACACUUGAAGGAUUCAGAAUGCUAGUAGAAAAGGAAUGGUUAUCUUUUGGUCAUAAGUUCAGCCAACGCAGUAACUUAACUCUCAAUUGUCAAGGAAGUGGGUUUGCACCCAUCUUCUUGCAGUUCUUGGAUUGUGUGCACCAGAUUCACAGCCAGUAUCCAACAGAGUUUGAGUUCAAUCAGCACUACCUGAAGUUCUUAGCAUUUCAUUAUGUUUCCAAUCGAUUUAAAACAUUCCUGCUGGACUCAGACUAUGAAAGACUGGAACAUGGGACAUUAUUUGAAGAUAAAGGAGAAAAACAUGGCAAAAAGGGAAUUUGCAUUUGGGACUGCAUUGACAAAAUACACAAAAGGAGUCCAGUUUUCUUCAAUUAUCUCUAUGCACCAGUUGAAACAGAGGUAUUAAAACCAAAUGUCAACAUUUCCUGUCUUAAGAAAUGGGAUUACUACACAGAAGAGACUUUAGCCACAGGCCCAACUUAUGACUGGACUAUGAUAAGUGCAAAAUGUAGUACCUUGGAUGAAGCAGAUCAGAUGGAUAUGUCAUCUUUCCACAACAAGAGAAAAAUUGUCUGGCCAUGCUACGAUAAUCUUACUAAAGUGCAACCUGAUGCUAUCACCAACUUAUUCAGUGAAAUCGAAAGACUGGAGAACAAAUUAAAUCACAGCCCAGAAAGAUGGCAGUCACUGUGGGAAAGAGUCAAAGUAAAUGUGAAAGAAGAUUCAAGGAAAGACAAUCAUCAGAGACAUCCUUCUGGCUCUUCAGCAAUAAUGUCUGUCAACCUGCACUCUUGUCAGAAGAGGUCUAUAUUACAUCUACCAGACAGUGGCUUGGGCGAAGAACGAAACAGCAACAUUUCACCUUCCAAUGGUGUGGAAAGGAGAGUUACAACACUGUACAAUCAGUUCACAUCAAAAAAUGAUGAAAAUAGAUCUUUUGAAGGUACCCUUUACAAAAGAGGAGCUUUGCUGAAGGGUUGGAAACCACGUUGGUUUGUGCUAGAUGUUACAAAACACCAGCUAAGAUACUACGAUUCUAUGGAAGAUCCUUGUUGUAAGGGCCACAUUGAGCUUGCAGAAGUAGAAAGUGUAAUACCUGCUUCAGCAACUCUUGGUGCCCCAAAGCAUGCUAGUGAUAAAGCUUUCUUUGAUCUGAAGACAAGUAAACGAGUGUAUAAUUUUUGUGCGCAAGAUGCACAGAGUGCCUACCAGUGGAUGGACCGGAUACAGAGUUGCAUUUCAGAUGCAUAAUACGGAAUUUAUUUUUGCUAUCAACAUCGUUAAAAAAAAAAAAGACAAAUCUGUUGGUAUGCCUGAAUAACUCUGCUUCCGAGAAGAAUUGUUUAUUGCAGUUCAAGCCGCCUUAUAUUUCAGCCACAGUAUUCAGAACAUAUUUCUUUCAGUUGAUAAUUUAUAUAAUGACUUUCUCCAUAUGGAAGACACUAUCUAACCUCAUUGCCCAGAAAAUCUUAUCUUCAACACAAUUCCAUGCUAGGUGAUCCCAGUAGGAUGGCUUUUUUCUAAACAUAGGAAUGAAUAAUCCAAGAGAAUAAUUCUGAACACUUGUUUUUUUAAACAAUCCUUUAUUUAUCCUUAAUCUUCUUAGCUUCCUAUUUUAGAAAAAGGGAUUCAUAUUCAGGCUAGGAAUGUUUUCUGAGAAAGAGGUUAUUUAAACCUUCAAACCCUGGCGACCAAUAAAAAGGCACACUCAAGGCACCAUAAUUUAAAAAAAACCUUUCUUUUCUGCCACUUGCUUUCUGAACAUUCUGUUUUUAGAAAUAUCUUGCCAUUUUUCUACUAGUUAAUUCAAGAAUACUUUGUAUUCUCUUUAACUGAGGCAGUAGAUCAAUGGAAACCAAGAUCAGACCUUGGGAAGAGAAAAUUCUAAGAAAUACAAAAGUUGUAUAUUAACUUAUGUGCUGUUCUGCUCAUUGUAAAAAGAAGAAAAAUGCACUAAACAAAACAAACACUUGCACUGAAAUCUUUGAAAACAGGCAUUUUGAAGGAGAGAAGUAAAUUAUUUAUAGCAAAAUGCUAGCAAGGUAACAGCAAUUUAAGAUAAUGAUAUGUACAUAAUUUGGCUUGAUGUGAUGUAAUUUGAUACUUUACAUGUUUUUGCACAUAAAUUGGAAGAAUGUUUUUAGAUUUUUUAACAUUUGCCAAUGUGUUUGUUCAUCUUAAAAAUCUCUGACAAUUUUUUUUACAAACCAAAAUAAAUAAAAACUUUUCUUGCUGCAACACAGUGACUUUGAGUGUAACAACCCUAGAAAGAUAGUAUGUUUUGUUUAAAAAGCUAAUAUGUUAAAAUCAAAUUAAUGUGUUGUUUGUUUUAUACUUGCCAGUAUUUUCUAGGGUUUAGUGACGUCACUUGUAAGUUAAUGGCUGAGUUCACAUGUAAUGCUAAGUCAAAGUUUAAUGGAAUAAGGACAUCUCACAGAGAACCUUGGACUGAUGAACAAAUCCCUUCCUUUGGUGGUUUGGGAGCUUUUGGAUUAAAUUCAGUUCUAAGAUCUGAAUCUGGACAGUGAUUAAUCUUCACUAAGGUUGGUUGCAACAAGCCAUUAGUUUUUGAAACAGCUUAUUUUUUUUACUAACCAGAGUUAAGAUUAACCACAGUUUAUUAUUAUAAACUUUAAAUUAUGAUCUAUCAAAACUAAAUCAAGAGCUGUCAGUGUACUUCUCUUGCUUAUGUUAGAGGAGGAAAAGAAAAGGGGAGCACAAAUGUCCAAAGCUUUCUGCAGCUCCUCCUUCUAACAUUAAACCAUGGUUUAGCAUUAUGUGCAAAUCAGGCCAGUAUUGACUAAACAAACUGACUUCAUUUAUAGGAUUUCAGUUUCUGGAAUUGUUUACCUUUUUUAAAAAACCACUAUUUUCCCUAUUUUUCUAAUAAAUAGUGAACAUAGAUUUCACAAUACAUGAAAUAGGAAAUAUUUCUUUUUUAAAUAUAUUUGGAUUUCCAAACUAAAACAAAGAAAUGAAGGAUUUUUCUAGCAUUUUCAGCUGAUAAAUUACCACCUGUGAAAAAAUGGUGUUUGCACAUUCAUGUACUUUUCUUUGUAUAUGAAGUACUUUUCUAUGUGCUUUGUAUAAUAAUGACUGUGUUUGUUUUAAAGUUGUUAAAAUAUACACUACUCAUAGAGUUCUAACUAGGAAUUUUAAUUAUUUUAUGUAUGUUCCAUAACUAGCAUUUGUUAACUAACUUGUAAUGAAGAUCCUUCAUAUGAAAACAUUCCUUCUUUACCCAGUGGAGUAGUUAAUACCAUACCUUUAACUGUAUAAUUGUAUCCCAAGUUAUCCUGUAAUAAAAUUCAUAUUUUUGUACAGACAAAUGCCAUUUGCAUGUGAAAAACUGUUCUUUGCUCUAUUUUUUCAUUGUUAAACUCAACACAUUCCAUGAAUAUCACAGACUGGCCAUAUCAGUUAUCUGCCUAGAAAAGUUAAGCUAUGUAUUUCAUUCUGUGUUGACUGAAUAAAUAAAAAUUGUACGAAACAUAAA